GGCCCGUCCGCCGCCAGCGUCCGGCGCCCGCGCCUGCAGCCGUCCAGCCAGCACCCGCUUCUGCAGCGCCGUGGCGUUCCUGCCAGCUCCCAGCCACCAGCUAUGGGAUGCCGGGGGUCCAAGGAAACCACACAGGACGGCAGGAGCAUCUAUGAGCGAGAAUCUCUCGGAAAACGUCCAACCGACCAUGACGGCUCCAUCAACUGCAUGGCGCUCAGCGAGGACGGCUCGCUCCUGAUCACCGGCUCCGAGGACUGCACCGCCCGCAUGUGGAGCACCAAGACCGACGACACCGAGUGCCUGGGCGCCCUCGAGGGUCACACGAGCUACAUCACGUGCGUCGCCUCGUGCGAUACGUUCGUGGUGACGGGCUCGGCCGACAGCACUAUCAAGAAGUGGGACAUGACCAGCUGCGACUGCCUCUUUACAUACGAAGGUCACGAGUCCAGGAUCAGCCGUAUAAUCUGCACGGGCGAGUUCAUCUUCUCGUCGUCGUACGACAAGACGGCCCGGGCGUGGCUCUUCGACACCAGCGACCUCGGGGACGGCAAUGAGAGCAAGGCCUGCAUACGAGUCUUCAAGGGUCACCGCGGCGGAGUCUACCCCAUCAUCUUCGUGGCGGCCCAAGACCAGGGCUCGGACUCGGAGGUGGACGACGCCGACGCCGACAUGGUCACCAUCCACCCGGGGGACCUGCUGCUCACCGGGUCCGUCGACAAGACGGCCAAGUCGUGGAGCUUCGACUCCGAGACCGGCUCCAGCCUCCGGACGUUCCGCGGCCACACGGCCCCGGUGUCGUGCAUGGCCACUGACAGAGACGGUACCGUCCUAUUCACUGCCGGUCCGGAUCGUACCAUCAAGAUCUGGGAGAUCUCCUCGGCGAUCUGCAAACAGACGAUGGAGGGCCACAACCAGUCCAUAGUCUGCAUGCAGGUGGUGAACAAGCUACUGUACAGCGGCUCAGCCGACACCACGGCCCGCUGCUGGGUCACCGAGUUCGGAGACUGCACGCGCACCUACAAGUCCCAUAAGCACUCGGUCAUCUGCCUGAAGGUGGCCGACGGAGUCGUGUUCACCGGCUGUGGAGACACGCUGGCCCGCGCGUUCGACGCCAAGUCCGGGGCUCUGAAGCGAAGUUACAUGGGCCACGAGGCGGCCAUCAACUGCCUGCAGUACAUCGAGGGCAAACUCUACACGGGCAGCAAUGAUGGCGUGCUCAAAGUCUGGGACGCCAAAAACAUCGCGGACGACCCGCCGCCGGAGGACACGCAGAACGAGGACGAGGACGAGCAGCCCGAGGAGCGCGGCUACUACCGCGAGCAGGACAAGCGGCUGAAGGACCUGGAGCGAAGGCUGGACGGCGCCAACCAGGACAACAUCAACCACGACGACGACAUCAAGGCUUACGAGCGCGAGCUGGCUGCCCUCGACGACGACUAGCUGAACAGCGGGCCCCGGCCGGGCCCUGACCGGGCCCAGCUGUGCCUGGCUGCGUUUGGCUGGGCCAGGCUGGGCCAGGCUGGGCUUGACUAGGCCUAGCUGGGUCUGGAGAUGUGGAAAAAGGCUGGUAGGCCCAGCUGGUCCCGGUCAGGUACCGCGGCACACAGUUGGGCUCGGGUUCCGCUGCGUCGGAC